GGCGGAGCCACCGGCGGAGGAGGAGGAGCUGCUGCGGCUGCUGCUGCUGCUGAGCAAGCCGGAAAACCUUGUUCUGCGGUGGAUCCGGGUGAAGCUUCAGUGGCCGCUGGAAGGCCCGCUCAGAUUGCUUUCGCGACCGGGUGCUUCGAGGAAGCUGGAGGGAGCCAUGAGGCGACUGGGGUGUUUGGGAGAUGAUUUGAUGGGUACAUGUGACUAACCCACCUCAGACUCCCUCACCCAUUCUGCUACCUCAGGAGCCUAAUAGCACUGGAUUUCCACUGGUUCUGGACACUCUCAAGGGGCCAUGAGACUAGCAGGUCCUCUUCGCGUUGUGGUGAUUGUCUUGACGGCAGGGCUGACCUGGAUCCUUGUCAGCAUCUUGAUGGGGACCCAAAGCAGUUUCUCUCGCCUGCAGCAGUUCCUCAGCAGUCCAGAGAACACUCCCACUGCAGAUUUGGACAAGAUACAGAUCAGAGUGGUCUCGGCAAAGAAUUUUGCAGGCAGCAGCAGUAGUCAUCGCAAACCAAGGCCAAAGAGAUACAAGUGUGGCCUCCCUCAGCCCUGCCCAGAGCGUUCAUUUGCCUUCCGGAUCACAAGCGGUGCAGCGAAUGUCAUCGGGCCCAAGAUCUGCCUUGAAGAUAAAAUGUUAAUGAGCAGCAUGAAGGAAAAUGUAGGCAGAGGUCUGAACAUUGCCCUGGUGAAUGGUGUGAAUGGGGACCUGAUUGAUGCCAAGUCUUUCGACAUGUGGGCAGGAGAUGUGAACGAGCUGCUAAAAUUUAUCCGGCCAUUGCACGAGGGGACAUUGAUAUUUGUGGCCUCUUAUGAUGAUCCUGCCACAAAAAUGAAUGAGGAGACCCGCAAAAUCUUCACAGAACUGGGCAGCAAAUUCGCUCGGGAAAUGGCCUUUCGAGACAGCUGGGUCUUUGUUGGAGCCAAAGGAGUGCAGGACAAGAGUCCCUUUGAGCAGCAUGUGAGAAACAGCAGGAGCUCCAACAAGUAUGAGGGCUGGCCUGAAGCCCUUGAGAUGGAGGGCUGCAUUCCACAGCGAACCACUGAGGUCCAGUGAGGGUCCGUUUCUUCAAGUGAAUUUUCUCAUGGGGAUGAGAGAAGAAGUCUCCACUCUUCCACUUACUGUCUUCCUGUAUUGUGGCAGCGGUCCUUUCUCCUUCUCCAGAGCGGCCUGUUUUGGCAGUGCCUUAAUGAGGCCAACCAGUUGCCCUUUUCAGAAAGGCUUUCUUGCCCUGGACUCUGGGAAGAGAGAGAGCGUACUCCCUAUCACCAGACUAGUCUUCAACUCUCUUCUCUAGUGCCUUAUAUCUCUCCCGGGUGGAGGGGUUAAUCCUCGUUGGCCUCUUCCAUACUGUAAAUUUGCUGAGCCAGUUGAUUUCCUCCGCUGAGAAUAUCAGAAGCAAUCUGAGUUUUGUUUGUGAUAAUUUAAAGCAGGGGGAAGAACUUAUGGGCAGGGGGAGCAGGUAGGAGGUACCAUUAAAAGUGAAAGUGAAAAGUCCCCUCAUUUCUUUAUCUCCACAACAUGCUUCUGCCAAACCUCCUUCACACGUUUUCACCUUUCUUCAAUCAUGCACACCUCGUCAUAAAAGCAUUCUUUGUAGGUGCAGAAUCCCUGUAGUGCUCAGCUGAAAAGCAUGGAGGUCAAGGGAAGAGUCCUGUAUUCAUGGGUUUCUGCCAAAGGAACCACUCUGUUUGAAUCAGAGUUUAUAUUUGUCAAUACCCCUGCCAUUCCAAAUGCACCCUCUUAGUUUGCUAAACUUGAGAAAUGCCCAGUUGCUGCUUCCUGUAAAGUCAUGUUGGUGCUUCAGUUUGUGAGGGGACACAGGGAGGACCAUGAGCCCUUCAUCCUUCUGCACAUGUUUGUGUUUUUUAUAGAGAGUAGUGGAGGGAAUCCAAGCUGAAAGUUUCCAUUUUCCAAAUCCUUGUUGCUGAACAGCCUCUUCAAUAAAUAGUGUGUGUAAUGA